CGCUUUAAAAUGGAGAGAACAGUGAUCAAGUUUAGGCACUGUGGGAAGAAUAUUUAUAUUUUUUCAAAACAAGAUGUCACGUUAAAUCAAGAAACUACAUGUCGGUCUGAGGGAGAUGUGUGCCCUGUUUGCCGUAAUCCUCUCGUCUUUGGGCUUUUAGACGCCCCGGUGGCGCUUCCUUCACCUUUCACAAAUGGUCAUGAAACUCAGUGCGCGUUUCUUUUGGGAGCAAACGAAGGCCCAUGGUGUUUAGGAGAAUGGCGCGAGACGGAGUUACACGUUGGACUCUCCGACUCAAAAGGUUUGGUGUAUAACUACACUCUAUCAGGAGUGAAGAGGGAUGAACAGGGAUGGGAGCAGUGUGUGUCCAUCCAACUGGUUCCACCAUAUCGACAAGACUUAAAACAGUUAUGGGAUAAGGAAUUGGAAAUCUUUUCAUCACUCUCAGCAUGGACUUCAGAACGAUUCCAUGAGCAGAGGGAGUUUGGCUCGUGUUGCUAUGGUUUCGCCCUGACGUUUAUAAACCAUGUGAGAUCUCUGGACAGUAAAGCUCCUCUGAGCAGAAACGAGUUCACCAGUGCCCACGUUUUGUCCCCAGUGAAGCAUGCCUCCAUGUACAUCAGGGUGUAUGAAGAAAUCUUGCAACAUGGCUUUUACAUUGUUGAUAAAUAAGUGCAGUUAAUUAGCGUUUUCACGUGAAACCCAUAAACCGAGUGUACGUUUACAAUUUUAAAAUGUACUAUGUAAUAAAUUACAGUUUUGUGUUUAAUUUUUUAUGCUUCCUAGUAACAAACAAAUAAUAAUGAACUUAUUACAAUUUGCUUUUUGCUACAUGCUACAAGUCAAACGUUUGGACACAGCUUCUUAUUCCUGAUUUUUAUUUCUCUAUACAUUGCGAAACAAUGUUGAAGACAUCCAAUAAUAUGUAAUAAUCUCAUUUAAACAAUUGAUAUUAAGAUGUGUCUGCUACAUGUGCUCUGUAAAACUGUCAUGACGUCUCUAACUUGAGGUGUUAAAUAUUAAUUUGUGAUUUCUUUGGCUUGUAACGAUAAGUUAACUUCUUCUUGCAGCAUAGGUAAGUUUUGGUUUUGCUUUCCUGGUAUGGUCUUCAUGAAGUCUGUUUUAUCAUGGUGCUUGAUGGGUUUUGCAAAUACACUUGACAAUACUGUUCUUGUAAGAUGUUUUCCAGAACAAUUAAAAUUCUUCUCUUUAAAUAACAACUGAU